AUGGCCGAAAGUACAGCGCCUGUUCCUGACCCUGAACCCACAUCCAUGUCCGAGCCCAUGCCCGAGGCUGUCUUUGAGCCUGCCCCUGAGCUUGCCCCUGAGCCUGAUCCCAUCCCCAAGCCUGUUCCUGACCCUGUCUUUGAGGCUGCCCCUCAGUCCGCAACUCAGUCUGAUCCCGAGCCUGACUCUUACCUUAACCUGGAAGAAAUGGAUAAGGCAGCUAAGGAGUCUACUAUCAAGCAACAUAAGGUUAAUAAUACUCUGGCUACUAGAGCUACUAAAGCUACUAAGCCUGCCUCUAAAAGAGCAGAAAUUACUACUAAAGCACCUGCUAUUCUCCCUAAACCUAUUAUUAUUGAAUACACUCAGCCUAAUACCAGUAAAAAGCAUUACACCAUCCCAGAGAACCUUCUUAGCAAAGCUGCCACCCUGCCUUACUCUUAG